ACCUCCUUUACCAGUGUUGCCAAUCUGCGGGUAAUUACCCGAAUUUCGGGUAUUUUCAACUAGUGCGGGGAAAAUUGCGAGUAUUCUCUGGUUUCGGGUAAAAUGAGGGUAUUUUUGUACAAUGAGAAAUAACACUUUUGAUGAAGGGUAAAGUUUUUGCUGUAACCAUUGGAAAUAUGUGUUCCAGAUAAUAUUGUUCAACAUUAUAUAACCUAGAAUAUUUAUCAGUAUAUUUUAGCCCAGGAGGAAAUCAUUUAUGUAAUUAUAUCUAUGAUUGAACUUUUAACCUAAAAUUAUGCCUCAGUAAAUUAUCCUGAUAUCUGUGACUAUUAUUUAGACAUUGUUGUGGUGGUGUAUGGCUAUUACAUUCAGCUGGGAAUCAAUGAAGAGGGGGGAGGGGAGGGGCUAUCCCUCUCUUUCCUCCCAUCCGAUAAUGAAGACCACUUGGGAGGACAAGAGCCCUGACAGGCUUGUACCUCCCCCGCGCUGAGGGGCUGCGCCCCAGUGAUGAUCAAGCGGCGGUGUAUGGCUAUUGUUUUGCUGUGCGGGAAUUUGUUAUGAACUGUUAGGUUGCAUUCUAAACAUCAAUAUGCAUAUUGUCUGAACUAUAAAGUUUGAUUAUAAAUAACAAUAUGGAAAAGUGGCUAGGGCUACGUCAAAAUAGCGACCAAGAACCAAGUUGCAGCUCUCAGUCGGCAGAAAUAAGACUCCAUGAAUGCAAUCCAGACGCAAGUUUAGAUAUUAUAGCAGAAUCUGAAGAAAAACAAAGUCAUUGUGUUCUUAAAAACCCGAGAAAAAAGUUAAAAAUAAGUGGGAAAAUAAAAAGGACUAAUAAGUUUUGUGAUUCCUGGUUGCAAAUACCAGAACUCAAGUCCUGGUUACAAAAAUCCAACAAAACUAGCUUAGGCAAUGAGUUAGCGUACUGUACAGUAUGUAGAGUUGACAUAACUGCACACAAGAAUGAUAUCACUCGUCACAGUAAUUCGUCAAAACACCAGUUAAACUGGCAACAAGUAAGCACUUCACACAAACUGACGAGUUUAAAAUUUAUAACUUCAGACGAAGUUAAAAGAGCCGAAAUUAAAUUAGCUGGUUUGAUAGCUUCUAACAACCUACCAUUCUCAUUGGUUGAUACAUUAGUACCAUUAUGUGCAGAUAUUUUCCCUGACUCAAAGAUUGCAAAAAAUGUUACUUUGGGACGAACCAAAGCCACAGCAGUUGUGAAAGACGUUCUAGGUCCAGCUUUCCAAUCAAAAUUGCAUAAGCAUUUAGCUGAAGCUGGGACAUUUUUGUCAAUAAUUAUGGACGAAACCACUGACAUGAGUUCUGUGAAACAGUGCGCAUUUGCUGUAGUGUACUAUAAUAAUGAAACUCACAGUGUUGUAACAAGUUUCCUGGACAUGGUGAGUGUGACUUCUAGUGCAGCAACUGAUUUGUUUGAGUGCCUAAAAAAUUGCUUACAUCUGAAAAACAUUCCACUGUCAAAUAUUGUCGGCUUUUCUGCUGAUACAACAAAUGUGAUGGUUGGUGAACAUCAUUCUGUAUUUUCUUUGCUGAAAGAAAAUGUGCCAGGCAUUGUUUGCAUAAAAUGUUCAUGCCACAUGAUUCAUCUGGCUGCUUCAAAAGCUUGCUUAGUACUUCCUCGUUCAGUUGAAGAUUUGCUGAGAAAUCUUGGUGCUCAUUUUAGUAGGAGUUACAUAAGAAGAGAAAAACUGAGAGAAUUUCAAAUUUUUUUCCAAACAGAAAUUCAUAACAUUCUUUCUCCAGCUGUCACACGUUGGUUGUCACUGAAGGCUUGCAUUGACAGGGUUUUAGAGCAGUACUUAGCACUUGAAUCAUAUCUUAGAGAGUCUGUCUUUGAAGAUCCUUCAAGAACAACAGAAGAUAUGCUGAAGACCAUGGAAAACAAGUAUACUAAAAUGUAUAUGGAGUUUAUGUCAUAUGUUCUUGGUCUUUUGACAAAUUUCAACACGCUCUUUCAAGGUGAAAUGCCAUUGCUCCAUCGACUCAAAUCAGAAGUUGAAAGACUUCUGAAGACCCUAUGCUGUAAUUUUAUGAGUCCAUCAUAUGUUAAAGGCAUGGAUGUAUUGACAAUUGAACAUAAAAAUCCAUCAAACUAUGUUGCUUUAAAUAAAGUAUAUCUUGAAAUCCUUGCACAAAGUAGUUUGGACAAACUUACAGAAGAUAAGAAUGUUCGUGAAAAUGAUUUACAGUUUUUUCUAAAAUCAUGCCUCCAGUUUUAUGUCGAGCUUGUAUCACAGAUCAAAAGUAGGUUUGAUUUUAGUGACAAAGUGUUUGAUGUUGUCAACAUAGUUGAGCCUUGUGUUGCCCAGUCUUUAGAGAUUCCAUCAAUUAUGCCAGUUCUGAAGCGUUUUCCUAUAUUAAAUGACCAUGUAAGUGCUCAAGCUGUAGACCAUGAAUGGCGGCAACAUGCGAUGUUAGACCAUGCAAAACUUGGUCUUGAUAGUUCGAAACCAGCAGAGGAGUAUUGGAAGGAUGUUUUCAAUCUCAAGAAUGCAGCUGGAGCGAAACUCUUCGAAAAUCUGGAAAAGGUAUUGGGACUUCUCUUGGUUCUUCCAUUCUCCAAUGCAUGCGUGGAAAGACUUUUCAGCACACUUAGAAACAUCAAGACAUAUCACAGAAACAAACUAUCAAAUGAUACUUUGGUAGCUUUGAUUAGUUCAAAGGAAGGUAUUGAAGCCGAGGGAGGCUGUGUUUCAUUCAAUCCCAGCAAGACAAUGGUGAACACAAAACUGUGGAACUGAAACUACAGAACAUAUGGUGUUUUUAUAGUAAAUUUAUACGAUUUAAAUUACAGUGUAAUUUUAUAAGGCAAUUGGCCAUAAUAGAAGUUGUUUUAUGUAGUGCUUAUUAUGUUCCAAUUAUAUUUGUAUUUAUUUAAUAAUUUAAAUGUGUACAUACCUACAUAAAAAAAUAUUUUUAAUGCUUUGUAGACAGCCAUUUAUUAUACGAUAAAUACCUACUUUCAAAAUGGUUAAAAAGCUCACAGCAUGAAAUUCUUGUUUUGAUAAAACUGUAUAAACGAUAAGUUUUACGUUCCAGCUAGAUGUUAAACAGGUAUUGAUGUUCUCGUUCAAGCUCUUGUGGGUGUCCGCCCUUAGUUACAAUUUUUUUUAGGAGUGCGGGUAAAAGCGGGUAUUUUUGCUUUCACAUGAGGGUAAAAAUGAACACCUGCAUUGGCAACACUGUCCUUUACUUUUACUGGCGGAAUUUCAAUAACCCUAGAGUUGGGCUUCGGAAAAUUGGUUGAUUUUUCGGAGAUAGGUGCUCUAUUAUGGUUCUCAAAUAAUUUAAAAAAAAUUGUGUAAACGGAAGCUUAGUUACCUACUUUUAAAAUAGUCAAAAAUGAAGCAUCGAACACCCAAAAUAAUUUCAAUUACUCUAGAGUUCGGCUACAGAACAUAGGUUGAUUU